GGAAAUCUCCCUGGGUUUGAGGGCAGACACGUCAGGUUGCUUCUUACAAUCCUGAUCACAAAUCUGCAAGAGAGCGUCUGUGACUUCGGCACAAAGCAAGAGAGGCAGGGAUCUGCACAUCAACUGGUCGGAGAGAGCAAACCUCGCCUACAGCACAGCAGCAUCAGAGGACCAUGGCAUUUCUUGGGAUGCUGAGUGAUGAGGACAUCAAGGCUGCAGUCCAGGCUUGUCAAGCCCCAGGCACGUUUGACUUCAAGAUGUUCUUUGAACAAGUGGGACUGACUGGCUCGUUGGAGGCCGACAGGGAAAAAGUGUUCACGGUCUUGGACCAGGACCAGAGUGGAUACAUUGAAGAGGAGGAGCUUAAGUUGUUUCUUCAGAACUUCUGUCCGGAGGCGCGGGAGUUGACUGUGGCUGAGACAAAGGCUCUGAUGGCUGCAGGAGACAAAGACGGUGAUGGCAAAAUUGGGAUGGAAGAGUUCUGUGAUCUCCUGAACUAAAGACAUCAAACACACAAAGUCGCAACUGUUUCUUCCUGUUUUGUUUUGUAUAAUAUGUCCUAUGAAAGUCAAGUUUCCAUAGUUUUAUAGUAAAAAAUACAUCUAAGUAACUGUACCUGCAUGCUGCUCGUCCCCAUUUGAUAUUUCAACCAAUUUUCACAAUUGUUGGAUGAUAGCCUAAACUUGACACCAAAUAUUAAUUAUUUACUAAUUUAAUUGACUAAUAAAUGUAUUUAAGUUGCAAAA